CCAUUGUAUAAUCCUCAGGUUAAGUAAGGCUUCAUGCAAUAGAGAUACAUGUCAUUCGCAUCUCUUAACCAAGACAAACAAACAUAAUAAAAGCAUGUCGGUGAAAAGUGCAAAGGGAGGACCAGAAAGUAGACCAUCAUCUGCUGCCAGCAUGUCUCCACGAGUGGGAAGGGGAGCAGCCGCUGGCAGAUCGCCUGCUUCUGGGAGAUUCAAAAACAAGGCUCUUCAGCUCAGCCUCUCCAAAAAAUUCUGCUCCAAGUCAAAGUCCCCCUCGGCCCAGGGGAAGGGCUCUGGGGAGGAGGAAGAAAGUCUGCACAGUAAAAGGAGCCUCAGCAACAGCUCAGCGGUGGCCGCUGCCUACAUUUCCUUCCUCAAUAAACUCUUUGGACAGGAGAGAGAGCUAAUGCCAGAGGAGUUAGAUGAGCUCCAGGAGGCCUUCAAGGAAUUUGACUACGACGCAGAUGGCUUCAUUCAUUACAAAGACAUCGCAGACUGCAUGAGGACCAUGGGCUACAUGCCUACAGAGAUGGAGCUCAUCGAGAUCAUCCAGCAAAUCAAGAUGAAAUGGGGUGGUCAUGUAGACUUUGAAGAUUUCUGCGAGUUAAUGGGGCCUAGGAUGCUGGCAGAGACGGCUCAUAUGGUCGGGCUGAAGGAGCUCCGCUGUGCCUUCAAACAGUUUGACUGUGAUGGUGAUGGAAAGAUCACGCUUGAUGAGCUGAAGGAGGGCAUGAAGACCCUCCUAGGGGAGAAGCUGAAGAAAGGCGAGCUGGAGGAGAUCCUCAGCGACAUUGACCUCAACAAAGACGGCAACAUUGACUUUGAUGAGUUUGUUAUGAUGCUUUCUGCACGAUGACCUCUGAUGGAAGAAGAUGGAGCAUACAACACUGGAUUCUCCUUCCUGCUAUUGUAAUUUGUUUUCUGUGACAUUAUGUAUUUAAAUGUCUGAUUGAAAAAAUAGUCAAAGAUAUGUUUGUUUUCAUAAUAAAAGUUGAGGUUGAGUAAGUACAGAGGGUAAAGGGUGAGUUAUGAAAGGCUUUACCGUAUGUAACAAUAAUGCUGCACUGUGGCCCCCUUGUGGUUAGAAAGUGUACAUACCCUACAGGUCUCCAAAAUAUAGCCAUAUUCAUUUUCAUUACCAACUGAUUGCAUUUUAACUCCAGGUUUUAUGAGGGACUGUAGUAGACUUAUUUUGCAUUUGAAUGGGUUAAAGGCCCCGAAAAUGUAUGUUCUCAACUGAUUCUUACUCUGUGUGAUGGAGUCCUACAUGAACUCUGCCAAAGUUUAACCCAUAAACGUUUGGUUACUUCA